UGUAUUUUACUUGACUAGUUCAUUUUUAUGCUACUUCAUACUUGGAAUUUUCUAAGAAUUUGCAGAGGCAAUUAGUAUAAACAUAACCAUUUGGAUUUUAAGAAAGUAGCAAAUGCAGAAAGCCUUUUAUAUACGCUUUAUUGUGAAAAACAAAACUCCGGACCGGGAGUAUUUUGCUCUAACUCCGGGUUUGAGUGUGUUUUAUUCGCUGCCGACACAAUGAAAUGCUAAAGGCUAGUAGGUACUAUAAGUUCUGUUGUUUUAGGUGAUAAAUUUGUCAAUAAUGUCGCUUUCAACUGCACGAUCAUUCUUAUCGGAGGCUUAUUAUGGCGAACAAGAACUCGACGCCAAUUCUGCUCUGAUGGAGCUGGACAAAGGGUUGCGAUCGGGAAAGCUGGGAGAGCAGUGUGAGGCUGUGGUGCUCUUCCCCAAACUCUUCCAGAAGUACCCUUUCCCCAUCCUUAUCAACUCAGCAUUUCUGAAACUAGCAGACAUCUUUAGACUUGGGAACAACUUCUUGCGCCUCUGUGUGCUGAAAGUAACUCAACAGAGUGAGAAACAUCUGGAAAAGAUUUUCAAUGUGGAUGAAUUUGUUAAAAGGGUGUUUUCGGUCAUCCAUAGCAAUGACCCUGUGGCCAGAGCCAUCACGCUGAGGAUGCUUGGUAGUCUGGCGUCCAUCAUCCCAGAGAGAAAGAAUGCUCACCACAGUAUUCGCCAAAGUCUGGACUCUCACGACAAUGUGGAAGUGGAAGCAGCUAUAUUUGCUGCUGCAAGCUUUUCUGCACAGUCAAAAGACUUUGCAGCUGGGAUUUGCAACAAAGUCAGUGAGAUGAUUCAAGGUUUAGACACUCCAGUAGAACUGAAGCUGAAGCUGAUUCCCAUGCUGCAGCACAUGCAUCAUGAUGCCAGCUUGGCGUCUAGCAGCAGAGAGCUUCUACAGCAUCUGGUCAACUCUUACCCCUCCACCCCCAUGGUCAUCGUCACCCUGCACACCUUCACUCAGCUGGCUGCCUCUUCCCUCAUCGAUAUUCCUAAGCAGUUACAGCUUCUCUUACAAUACCUUAAAGAUGACCCUAGAAAAGCUGUGAAGAGACUCGCAAUUAAUGACCUAAAGCUCCUGGCUAAAAAAGCUCCCCAUCUUUGGACCCGAGAGAACACUCAGACCCUGUGUGAGUGUGCCUUGACUAGUCCUUACAACAGUUUGAAGCUGGGGAUGCUGGCUGUCCUCUGCACCCUUUCUGGAACAGUUGCAAUCAAACAGUACUUCAGUAACGUGACCGGUGGUUCUUCAGUUCACCCCCGGCUCACUGACCUGGUUAAACUGGCACAAGAAUGCUGUUACCACAGCAACCUGGCGGUGGCUGCACAUGGGGUCCUAGUGCUCUGCAACAUUGCCAUUUCCUGUUCAGAAAAAGAUAUAGUACAGUUGGAACAGGAUACAGUUAUGGGAGUGGAGUCCCUUCUGAUGCUUUGCAGUCAGGACAGCAGCCCCAGCGCUCAGGCUACUCUCAAAACAGCCCUCACCUCACUGGUUAAGCUGAUGAAAAGUCGACCCCAUCUCAGCCAAUCAGCUGUGGAGUUCCUGCUCGGCCAGCUCCACUUAUCCUGCGACUCCUCGCGCGUUCUCAUGUGCCACGCUCUAGCAGCCAUCCCCACCCACCUCCCAGUGCUGGGUGAUGGUAUGCUGGGAGAUCUGGUGGAACUCUACAGAGUGGCCAGUCACUCCUCCACUGACAAGCAGCAAGAGCUUCUGGUUUCCUUGGCAACAGUGAUUUUUGUCGCCAGCCAGGCAUCUCUGUCAGCUGAGGUGAAGACCGUCAUCAAACAACAGCUGGAGAAUGUUGCUAAUGGUUGGACGGUGUACCGCAUCGCACGACAAGCUUCACGCAUGGGAUGUCACGAGUUCUCCAGUGAACUUUACCAGAGCCUGCGGACUCGUGUGGCAUCAGAACACUUCUACUUCUGGCUAAACAGCCUGAAGGAGUUUUCCCAGGCUGAGCAGUGCCUCAAUCAUGUGGAAGAUGGAAACUACAGUGGAGCCAUGAGCGCCAUUGCUGAGGCCCUGCGCUCCUACCAAAAGGGCAUCGCCUCCCUCACAGCUGCCAGCACCCCUCUGAGCCCCCUUACAUUCCAGUGCGAGUUCAUUAAGCUGCGGAUUGACACCCUGCAAGCCCUGUCGCAACUCAUUUGCACAUGCAACAGCCUGAAAACCAGCCCUCCUCCUGCCAUCGCCACUACCAUCGCCCUAACCUCAGGCAAUGAGCUCCAGCGGUGCGGCCGCAUUUCCAUGCAGAUGAAGGUAUGCAUGGAUGAGUUCAGACGUCUUGCUGCUCGCUAUGCUGAUUUACACCAGUCUUCGUUUGAUGCCGACCAUGCCACCCUUCGCAAUGUGGAGCUACAACAGCAGAGCUGUUUGCUUGUCUCCCAUGUAAUAGAAGCACUGAUACUGGACCCACAGGCAGCCAGUUUUCAGGAGUUUGGCACCCUGGGGUCGCUGCAGACAGAGAGUGAGUAUGAGCGACGAAUGAUUUCAGUCUUCAACCAUGUACUGGAAGAAGUAGAGGGCCUCACCAAGAAACAUCCUCCUGUUUCAUACCUGCAUACAGGUUGUCUUUGUGAUGCCAUCAUAGCUUUGCUCAAAGUCCCCCUAUCUUUCCAGAGGUACUUCUUCCAAAAGCUCCAGUCAACAAGUAUUAAGCUUGCCCUCUCUCCAUCCCCACGAACACCGAGUGAACCAAUCCCGGUGCAGAACACUCAACAGCUGACCCUAAAGGUGGAGGGGGUGGUGCAGCAUGGUUCGACCCCAGGACUGUUCAGGAAGAUCCAGUCUGUCUGUCUCAAUGUCACUUCAGUUCUUCAGAGCAAGACGGGGCCUGACUACAAGAUUCCUUUAGACACUAAAACUAAUGAGAUUGAGCAGCAGGUAGAACCACACAACGACUACUUCAGCACCCACUUCUUGCUGAAUUUCUCAAUCCUGGGCACUCACACGGUCACUGUGGAAGCCUCCGUGGUGGACAACAGUGGCAUAGAGUGGAAGACCGGUCCCAAGACAACGAUGUCCGUCAAAUCCCUGGAGGAUCCUUACUCCCAGCAGCUCCGCCACCAGCUGCAGCAGGGUGGAGCCCAGACUGCUCCACAGAGGAGUGCAUACAACCGCUUCUAGUAAAUGUGCCCUUGAUGCUUUUUUUACUGUCAAAAACUGUUUUAGCUUGUCUACUUGAUCUGUUUUGUCUUGAAGAAACUGUAUAUAUUUUAUGACCAAUUAAAAGACCAGAUUUAAUUUUAA